AUGUCACCUCGCUCUUCCGACCCUGCGGGUUCGCGGGUAUCUGUCUCGGAUGCGCCACAACGUGUCGACGCGCCUAUCGAAGAGACUUGCGCGCAACACGAAGAUAAACAGGAUAAUGUCAAUGAAGAGCAGCAGCACAAAUCAUUAGUCUGUUCAUCUAUAAAAGCAGAUACAGUUAUUUACGGCCAGGAACCAUUCGAGACGCUUCAGCACAAAGUCCCUGCACUGGCCGCGAAAUUGUUUCAGCGAAGCCCGAAAGAUAUCACGGUCACUGAGAUGAAGGGUGGGUCCUUCAACCGAGUUGUCGGCGUCUCAUUUAUGUCAAAACCCAGGAAGUUCAGCUUGAUCUGGUUCCUGUUGUCCUGUCUGGGCCGGCGCAAGAAGAAGGGCGCCGCUCGAUUGGAGAAGUACGUUCUGCGCAUCCCGCGGAUGGGUUAUGAGUAUGAGGAUAGUGCGAAAGACAUGGCCGACGACAUGGAGCGCGAUGUUGCAGUCCUGAAGACCAUUGGCUCCAGGCUGCCUUUACCUAUCCCCAAGGUUGCGAGCUAUGAUCUUACCGCUGAGAAUAUAUUCGAACGACCAUACAUGGUCCAGGGUCACCUCCCGGGUCGCACCCUUGCCACGAAUAUUUGGGACGAUCUCAACAUGGAGCAAAAGAAGCACCUCGCGAAGGAGAUCACCGCUCUCGCUCCCACCAUUGCCUCUGUGGAAGGCCCGGUCGGCGACAUAUCUACUCAAAACCUCAAUAGGCCUUCAAAUUCUCCAAUCUGCACCCAGGACUUUCCACUGCGAUCUCGUCAAGGGCAGAAGCCCGAGCCUGCUACGACUUGCGAUGCCUUCGACUGGAUGUGGGAGCGAUGUAGGCAGUGGAGCGUACAUGACACCUCCGAUGAUGGCUACGUUUGUUUCGAUGACAUCUGGAAGAGCUUCGCCAACAUCGUGCGAGCUCUAGACGACCGAGGCUUUCUCGAUGGGCCAUGCGUACUCGUUCACGGUGAUCUCAAGAUCUAUAACAUCCUCGCGGAAGUACGUAGUGACACCGAAGCGGUGAUCACAGGCGUUAUCGACUGGGACACGGCCAUCAUUGCCCCGGAGUUCAUGGCCUAUAGAGCACCGUUCUGGCUCUGGACGCCUGCCGACAUGGCCAGCGCUGAAGAAGAUGACGAGAGCGUGGCGAACGUGGAGCUCGCUACCGACGAGGACAGGAUAUUGAAGCAAGUGUUCCUCAACAAUGCGUCCGACAAGUACAAGUUUUUUGCCUUUGCACCAGAGGCAAUGCUCGCUAGACGUAUGUUCUAUUUUUUGCAGAAGGGGAUGCCUGGUAGCUGGAACUAUGAUGAGGCAAAAGCGGUUAUAAAAGAGUGGGACAAACUCCACCCCGAGGAUAAUGUCCGGUUCCGUCUUGACUGGCGGUCUGACUCUGAGGCUGAGUCCGACUCAGAUGAUGAGCCUACCAAGGACGAUGAGAUUGCGAAAGACAUUGAGCCUACAAAUGAUGCGGAAGAAGACAAGCUCGUUGUUGCGGAGUAG